UGAAAAUGUUCUUCUGGGAGUAGAAUAUUUGAUCACAUGAAUAUUUGCUUGUUGUUUUCAAGAUCCAUGACUUGCUGUGCCUGCAGGCCUCGCUUGAGUAAGCUGUGAAUGCAUGCACAGCCUCCUGAGUACUAAGCAGUGGAUGGACACAUGAUCUUACAUGAGUUCUAAGCUAUUCUCUCACCCACAUUAUCGGUGCUAAAGGGAAUCGUACAGCAUCGAUGAGGACUUUGCUAUGAGGCUGUGAAGCGUGUUCAAGCAGCUUCCCACCCUGCUCCCAGUUCUGUCUUACAUGUUCUGCUCCUGAUUCUGCUGAUUAGCACAUAUUAAAGUUUUAACAUCCGUUCCUGGAAUUUCCUCCUUGCUUCAGAAUUUUUGUCUUUAUAAAGAUGAAUCAAACACCCAUAAUCUGUUCUACCCUAAAUGUUAAUUCCCAGCAGAAGAGCAAAGCAAAAAACAGUAUGAAGAAUACAUUUCAUUCAAAUGAAUUGUCAUCCAUUGAGCAGAGGCAAAAAUACCAAAAACAUCUUAAGAAGGACAAAAAGACAGCAGAAGACAUCACUGGUGUAGGGAAUUGCUCCCCUCCGUGGAGGCUCAUCUCUAGUGUGCUCUGUGCGGUGUGCCUUCUCCUGAUGGCUGUAACCAUGGUGAUGACCAUUUUCACCACAAGGUUAUCUUCUGAAAGAUCAUCUUCUAAUAUUCGUCAGGAAGGACUCCAUCAUCCCUGCCCAGAGAACUGGGUUUGGUUCAGGUGCAGCUGUUACUACUUCUCCAAGGAAAAGCUAGUUUGGAGAGAGAGUCAGCGUGCCUGCUUGUCCUUCAAUUCUAGUCUCAUAAGGAUGAACAAAGAGGAGAUGGAUUUCUUCUCUUUGAAGUCUUUCUUUUGGGUUGGAGUUUACUACGAUGAAACCGGCAAACAGUGGCUGUGGGAAGAUCAUUCGGUUCUACCCGGUGGGAUGUUUUCUGGUCUUGAAUCUAGUCCGAAAAACUUCUGUGCAUCUUAUAAAUCAAAAGAAGCCUAUUUGGCAGAAAACUGUUCAACCAAACUAAUGUACAUUUGCAAGAAGUAGCAUAUAUAAUCCUAUAAGUUCAUAAAAGAUAUGAAAAUUAAAGUCUUCUUAAUUUUUGUCUGGAGUGCUUACUUUAGGAAGGAAA